CCCGCACAAAAGCUGCUUCGAGCAGCUUCGACCUGUCGCAGUUCAUUUCCCAAUCAAUUUUGAUGCCCUGCGAUAUAAACUAUUAAAUCGGUCGUCUAUAUGGCACAAAAACCACCCCCCGCCGAUACUCAGGACUUACUUAUCCGCAACUUGACAUCAGUAGUAGAACGAUUAGUCGUCGAUGUUCUGAGCUGUCACGUCUGAAAGCAUGUAGGAAGAAAGCCCACAAGAGGUCACUUUCUUUUCAAGAAACGGUUCUCGUCGGAGAUAUCGCCCGCCUUUUCCUGGGUCAUGAUCCCUCCAUCCAACUUGAGUGAUGGAGAACAUGUUGGAUUAUCAUGACAGUUGAGGUAUCAUGACAGUUGAGGUAGUGAAUUCCAAUGUUCUACGAGGCUCCAUGUAAUGUCGAGUGAAUGACCAGGAGCAAUGGCUGAUAUUGGGGUCUCGUAUCAAGUGCAGAAAAGAUAUGCCUAGUACUGCUAUUGCCGUGCAAUGAAUCCCGGCUGCUAGAUUCUCGCCUUCCCGAUGGAGGCCACUUGCCAACCAUGCUGCACCAGAACUUGCUUCGUAGUGCCUAGCUAACUUAGUCUUCCCAAUGUACCUGAUAAUGCCCCAACGUCUGGUCCCAGAACUCACGGCCAACGAGCUCUCCACGGCGCUUCAUCUCGAAGUUCCUCCUCCCACAUGCCUGUAUCGGGCGGAUUAUCGAAGAUCGACCGCAGGUGAUUCACCUCCUCGAGCCCCAGGGUCUGCAGGGCCGCUGGGGUGUGCCCGUGAGCGAGCAGUAGGAGGACUAGUAGCUAAAAAAGCGUGUCCCAUACACGAUUUCCAGGUCCGUGAGAACCCCAGGGCGAGCGCUUUCAUGGGCACGGUGCGUCAUUCUGACGGCGGAUUGAUCCAGCUGACGGCGGCCGCAUCGUUGGACAUGGGGGAGGCACGAAGUAGAGAGGAGUGGGAGCUCCCCUCUCACUCCACGAGGAAGCGCAGUCUAUCUGCCUCUACCUCU